UGGCGGAACGUGCUCACCUGCAGCAUCAGACUCUUUUGCGUGAAAGCACACCGCAGCACAGCACCACUUAGUUCUACACAACAAGGACAACAGGGAAGAUGGGGCGGAGCUCAAAGGACCGCCGGGACGUGUACUACCGACUGGCCAAGGAGCAGGGGUGGCGAGCGCGAAGCGCGUUCAAGCUGCUGCAGCUGGACACACAGUUUGAUCUGUUCAGCGGUGUGAAGAAGGUCGUGGACCUGUGCGCAGCGCCAGGCUCUUGGUCACAGGUGCUUCAACGCAAACUCAAGCCUCAAGAGGAUGAAGACGUCAAAGUCGUGGCCGUGGACCUGCAAGCCAUGGCACCGCUGGAUGGCAUCAUUCAGAUGCAGGGCGACAUCACAAAGGAGUCCACAGCGACCGCCAUUGUGGAUCACUUUGAAGGCGAAAAAGCAGAUCUCGUCAUCUGUGACGGUGCGCCAGAUGUGACGGGUCUGCACGACAUUGACGAGUAUGUGCAGGCGCAACUUCUCCUCGCUGCCCUUAACAUCACAACACACGUGCUCAAGCCCGGUGGCACCUUCGUCGCAAAGGCAUGCGAGAUGAAGAGGACAACGGCGCUUGGAGAGACAGAUGUCGUGGUUCCUGCACACGCGCCGUCACAGCCAUCCUCAUCGUCGUCAUCAGCACAGCAGCAACAGCAGCAACAACAAGAUGAGGCUGAUGAUGUUGAAGCUGUUCAAGAGGAGCUGAACGUUGUCAGUCUGUAA